AUGUCUGCUUCCAUGGUUUGGCGCACCGGUCUUCGGGCUCGCGCCGCCCCAACCUCGCGCCUGUCCUCGCGGCCCACGUCGCUGCUCCCCAAGCGCUUUCCUGCUGCCGUCCGAUACGCUUCGGAAUCAGCACCUGUGCAACAAGCAGUUUCGGAAACGGUGAAGCAGACAUCAAAGGAAGCUCCCAAGAAAGUGGCUCGUGGCUCACGCAAGCUUCUGUACGGCACUUCCUUGGCCACCAUCCUGUUUGUCGGCUACAUCUACGGGACAGACACGAGGGCGAGCGUCCACCGUUACCUCGUUGUUCCUCUCAUUCGCCAACUUUACCCAGAUGCAGAGGAUGCGCAUCACAUUGGCGUGGAUAUUCUGAAAGUCCUCUAUCAGUAUGGCCUUCACCCUCGCGAGCGAGGCAACCCAGACAAGGAUGGCGCAUUGGCUACCGAGGUCUUCGGUUACACCCUCGCCAACCCCAUUGGCAUCUCUGCCGGUCUUGAUAAGCAUGCCGACAUUCCCGACGCGCUGCUCGAUCUCGGCCCCGCCGUUGUCGAAGUCGGCGGCACCACUCCCUUGCCGCAGGAUGGCAAUCCCAAGCCCCGUGUCUUCCGUAUCCCCUCACAACAUGGCAUGAUUAACCGCUAUGGCCUGAACUCCAAGGGCGCAGACCACAUGGCCGCCGUUCUCAACCAGCGUGUCCGCGACUUUGCCUACGCUGCUGGAUUCGGGGAGCAUGAGCUCGCGGAGCAGCGUGUCCUGGACGGCGAGGCCAAUGUUCCCCCCGGUAGUCUUGUCCCUGGUAAACUGCUUGCAGUGCAAGUUGCCAAGAACAAGCUUACUCCCGAUGGGGACAUCGAUGCCAUUACCCGGGACUAUGUCUACUGCGUGGAACGUGUCGCCCGCUACGCCGAUAUCGUCGUUGUCAAUGUCUCCAGCCCCAAUACUCCCGGUCUCCGUGACCUGCAGGCUGCUGGACCCCUUACCAAAAUUUUGACCGGGGUUGUGAGUGCGGCCAAGAACGUUGAGCGCAAGACGAAGCCAUAUGUCAUGGUCAAGGUGAGCCCGGACGAGGACUCAGACGAGCAAAUGACUGGCAUCUGUGAAGCGGUGUGGAAAUCCGGCGUUGAUGGUGUAAUUGUUGGCAACACGACCAACCGUCGACCUGGUGCGCUUCCUGAAGGGUAUGAUCUGACCGAGAAAGAGCAACAAACCAUGAGGGAGAUUGGUGGCUAUUCGGGUCCCCAGCUCUUUGGUCGUCUCGUCUCGCUUGUUGGCCGUUACCGGAAGAUGUUGGACCAGGGACCUCCGUCCGGUACUGGACCUGACGGCGAAGACACGCCCAUGAGCCAGACGGGCCAGCCCCGCAAGGUGCUCUUUGCCUCUGGCGGCAUUACCACCGGACAACAGGCGCGCCAGGUGCUGGACGCCGGGGCCUCUGUGGCUAUGAUGUACACAGGCAUCGUAUAUGGUGGCGUGGGAACCGUGACACGAGUAAAGCAGGAGCUUCGUGAUGAAGUGGCGAAGAAAUAG